AUGGCGCCGGGUAAGAGGAAGAGAGACCCCCUCGAAGGCUUCGAUCCAAAUCAGUCCGAUCCUGACGACGAGAACUUCGAUCCAUCCGAGGCCCGUCCAAGACGAAACAAGAAGACUCCUCGUACAGCCCGGAAGGGCGGCGGCCGUACACGCACGAACAGAUAUCGUGGCUCAGACAUCGACGAAGAUGAUGAUGAGGAACUCUCCGAUAGCAUGGGAGAGGGCUCCUUUGAAGAUGAAUCUGAGGAAGAAGACGACGACGUCCCUGUUAAUGCCUCCGGCCGCCGCGCAAGGAAGGCUGCUGUCCAGCAUCCCAGCUAUAGGGAAGAAAGCGAUGACGAUGAAAUUGUCAAUGACUCUGUCGCCAACACAGAUGUCGAAGAAGAGGACCCUCCAAAGCCCAAGUUGAGGGGAAGGAUCGUGACAUUGAAGAUCAACCAGGCCAGCCGGAAGGGCGCAAAGGAGCCAUUGCCUCCCGCGCCAUCGACCCGACGCACCAGAGCAAAGACGGAGGAAGGCGAUGAGCUCGUCGAGCUCACAACAUCUGGGAGGCAUCAGCAAACAGCUCGAGCCGCCUCGAGGAGCAAGAGCCCAGAGACCUUGAGCCGAGCCACUCGCAACACGAGGGGAGCAAAGGGUGUCAAGAAACCAGACCCGGAGCCAAUCGAGGAGGCUUCCCACGAGACUAGUUUUCAACCCAACGAGGAACAGGUCGAAGAGGCUGAUGCCGAGGCCGACGUGGUCGAAGACUCUGCUCCGGAUGCUCCAGCGAAUCAAGGAGACGGCGAGGACGUGCCAACCCCCGUCCAGGGUGAUAUCCCAAUGGAAGGGGUGGAAGAGGCGGCGCCGCAGGAGCAAGAAGCUGAGGAAGACUCAGAUGAUGUUCUCACUGGACGUAGGAUGACCCGGUCUUCCCGACAAGGCAACAAUGUCCCUGCUGCUGAGGAUGGCGACGAGGAGUCUGAUGUACGGCCGCGGCGAAAUACACGUUUGAGAAGAAAGGGAAGUGACCAGGGAAAGAAGAAUGGACAGGACCAGAGUAGCGACUUCGAGCCAGACGAGUCGGGUGGUGAAGGUUCUGGGUCUGAAAAGGGCGCUGAAGCCGCCAACGAUGAUGACGACGACGACGGAGAAUAUUCUAGCGCAAGACCCUCGCGCGGGAGAAGUCAGGCUGCGGCUAGGAGCUCAAAGCGGGGCCGGGCCCGAGAGACUGACGACGAAAUGCUUGACCCCGAUGAGUUGGCUGAAGAAGCUGAUGAUCUCCGUCGAACCUCUCGCUCCCAAACUCGCGCCGCCCGAAGACGCCAAUCUACGCCGAUUGUCUAUGAGGUACCCUCCAAGAGAAAGCGCAACAAAGUUGAUUACACGAUAAGGCCGUUUCAACAAAUGGAUGUGGAACAGGAGGAGGAAGAGCCAGCAGCACCAGUCAACACCCCAGGGCGUCGGAAGCGCGGCAAUGGCGGGGCCGGGGACCGCUACCUCAACACGACCUAUGGUCCAUUCGGCGGAGCUGGUGGCCUUGGUUCCCUGCUCGGAGGACCAUGGGGCACAGGUGCUGCUGGAGGCGUUGACUCGGACAGCAGUGACGAUGAGAUGGGUGCGAGGUAUGGUGGCCCUGGUGGUGUUGGCGUGACUCCUACGGCGGCUUCCGGGCCAGGUCUACCCCAGGGGGCGCAGAACACACAUCUGGAGAAUCUUGGACUUGGUGCGGCGCCAAAUGUGGGCAAGGUCAAGAACCAGAAGGCACUCGCAGAUGCUGACCCGCUCGGGGUCGAUAUGACUGUCAAUUUCGACCACGUCGGCGGUCUGGCGGGUCACAUCAACCAGCUCAAAGAGAUGGUACAACUGCCGUUGCUAUACCCUGAAGUCUUCCAGCAAUUUCACGUCACACCUCCAAGGGGCGUGCUGUUCCACGGACCGCCUGGCACGGGUAAAACUCUUCUCGCAAGGGCUCUUGCGAAUUCGAUCGGUAGCGGCGGUCGAAAGAUCACAUUCUACAUGCGCAAGGGAGCCGACGCUCUCAGCAAAUGGGUGGGUGAGGCCGAAAAGCAACUGCGACUGCUGUUCGAGGAGGCCAGAAAGACACAACCAAGUAUCAUCUUCUUUGAUGAGAUUGACGGUCUGGCACCUGUUCGGUCUAGUAAGCAAGAACAGAUCCACGCCUCAAUUGUGUCAACCCUGCUCGCCUUGAUGGAUGGCAUGGAUGGACGUGGUCAGGUCAUCGUCAUUGGUGCUACCAACCGACCGGACAAUAUUGAUCCUGCGCUCAGGAGACCGGGUCGUUUCGACCGAGAAUUCUACUUUCCUUUGCCGGACGUUGAUGGCCGUAACGCGAUUAUCGAUAUCCACACCAAGGACUGGGGUCUGACACCGGAAUUCAGGAAGAGCCUGGCAGAAAACACGAAGGGGUAUGGUGGCGCGGAUCUCCGAGCACUCUGCACUGAGGCCGCUCUCAACGCCAUCCAGAGAACCUACCCUCAAAUCUACUCCUCGGAACAGAAGCUUGUAGUGGACCCCAGCAAGAUCAGCAUACACGCGACGGAUUUCAUGAUUUCUAUUAAGAAGAUGGUCCCUUCUUCUGAGCGGUCUGCGUCAUCAGGGGCGGCACCUUUGCCAAAAGCCGUGGCACCUCUUCUCCGCGACCAAUUCGUGGCGAUCGAGGAACUCGUCAAGACUAUACUGCCAUUGAAGCCAAAGAUCACCGCCCUGGAAGAAGCUAUGUUCGAACCUUAUGAGGAUUCUGACCAUGGCUUUGGGCGAGAGAACUUGCAACAAGACUUCGACCGCUCUCGUUUGUUCAGACCAAGGUUGCUGAUUACGGGCCAGCCUGGCAUGGGCCAGAAUUACAUCGCAUCCGCUAUCCUGCACCACUUUGAGAGGGUACACGUACAGCGUUGCGAUUUGGCGACGAUACUUGGCGAUGGACGGCCCCCCGAGCAGGUCAUAACUGGAAUGUUCUCAGAGGUAAAGCGUCACAAGCCGAGCGUGGUUUACAUACCUCAUGUAGACACAUGGUAUGCGACCCUGGGCGCUACAGCUCUGAAGGUCCUGACAACAAUGCUCAUGGAUAUACCACCGUACGAACCUGUCCUGCUGUUUGGUACUGCAGACUGCGAAGCAAGCGAGAUCGACAGGGACAUACUGAGGGCUCUAUUCCCCUUCUCGAGGAAGAACAGGGUAGAAAUCGCCCGUCCCAACAGCGAAAAUCGCAUGGAGUUCUUCUCCAACAUGGCUAUGCAUGUCAAGAAGUCGCCUCCUGAGUUCCCCGAUCCAUCUACCAGAAAGAAGAGGGUACUCGAAGAAUUACCUGUGGCUCCGCCGCCGCCGCCGAAACCGAAAUCUAAGGCUGAAAUUAAGAGUGAGCUGAAGAGGGAUCGGCAACUGCUGAAUCACUUGAAGAUGAGACUGCAGCCGGUUAUGGACCAGCUGAAGAAGGGAAAAUACCGAGUAUUCUACAAGCCCAUGAUCCCUUACGACAGAAUUAGGUAUCUUUUCGAAGAGGCCGACCCCAACUAUGUCAGCCCCGAUGUGCCGCAGCACAGGCCGUACAUAAUUUCCAAGGACAGUCAUGGAACGGAAGGACUUCUUGAAGUCGACACUGGAAAGUUCUAUUACAAUCUAGAGCUCAUCACCAUCGAAGAGCGACUUUCCAACGGAUACUAUGCUCGGCCCAAGGAUUUCUACAGAGACAUCAAGACACUUGUACAUGACUCGAAGAAUGUGGGUGACAAGGACAAGAUUCUCAAGGCAAACGAGAUGGAGAGCAACGUGGAUGUAGAUAUGGGCGACAUCGAAAAUGCUCUCGGGGGUCCAGACCCGUGGAAUGCACUGCAUGAACGUCAGCUUCGACGUGCGGCAGAAGCUGUCGAAAAGUCAAAGAAAAAGGCCGCUAUGGAAAGUGCUAUUGGCAUGGUCGAGUCCAAUUUAAACGGCGACGACAGCGAAACCCAAGUCGGUCCCAUAAGGAUCGGCGCGCCGGUGCCACCGGAGAGCACGACGUUGGCACGAUUCAGGGUGAUGAGCCCUGAGGAACGUGACGCGGCCGGGGAUACUCACAUGAGCAACGGCAACUCGGUACCCUCCCGCAUACCGGAGGAGAGCGGCGGUGAUGAGGCGACACAGCCAUUGUCGCAAAUGGGGCCGCCGCCAGCGGUGCAGCGCUCGAUUACCACUUCUUCAGUAGUCAGAAAUGCUGCGGGAGUGGAGACGCAAGUAUCGCAGGUAUCAGCCCUGACAUCUCUGCCGCAUGGCGUGUCGCCAUCUGCUGUGCUGAACGAGGCAUCGACGACCAAUGACCCGUCGACGACGAACAGAUCGUCGAGCAACUGGAGCACUCAAGCAACGAAUGGAUUCCAUAGCGACGUUGAAAAUGUCUCGCAGCUGCCCGAUACGCAGCCACCGGGAGACCACCAGUCUGGCCCAAGUCAGCACACAGGGUCCAGCCACUCGCCCUGGAUGCACUCUCAAGCCGACGCCCUUGCGCACGGCAAGCUGAGCAACGUAGGCUACGGCGGCACGUCGAAUUUACAGACCAGCCCGACUUCGUCGCAGGUGCCCACGGAGCGACGAGACUCUAGGAUCGGCCUGCCCAAUCUCCUCAACGACCCGGUAUCCGUAGCGGACAACUCGUCGGUGCGCAACUCGGGCGGGUCGUCGUCGUCGUCACAGCACAUGCCGGUGGUGCACGACGGGCAGGUGCAGCAGUUCCUCAACGACCUAACGGAGCGCACGUCGGGGUGCACGAUCGAGCAGCUGGAGCAGAUCAACCGCGAGCUGAUGGACCACAUCUGGCUGUCCAGGCAUGAGUGGAACCGUAUGAAGGUUCUCAACCAGCUGGUCAAGAUCUUUAACGACACCAUCUCGGACAUUGAGGAGAUGCAAGGUGUAGGCCAGUCGAGCCAGGAGCUGAACGACGAACGGGCGAGGGAGUACUAUAGUGGCAGCAGCAGGCACUGA